AAGAACACAGUGAGGUGCACGUCCUCCUCCCUUUCCAACCUCACCAAACCAAAUCCAGGACGGCGCAGGGAUCUCUGUUGUGUGUGUGUGCUGAGGCUAGGACUGUCACUCAUUCUCUGAUCAGCUUCUGAAAGCAGCUAGAGAGCAGCUGGCAAAAAACAAUUCUGAAAAAAAAAAUUACAUUGCAUCUAAAUCUCUAUCUAAUCCACCCAAGCUCCUAUUGAAGGAAAAAUAUAUUUGCAAGAAACUUCCACCCCAACAGCAGAUUACAAUGCUGCAUACUAAGGAUCUCAUCUGGACUCUGUUUUUCCUUGGAGCUGCAGUGUCUCUACAAGUGGAUAUUGUUCCAAGUCAGGUGGAGAUCAGCGUUGGAGAAUCCAAAUUCUUCUUAUGUCAAGUGACUGGGGAAGCCAAAGCCAAAGACAUUUCCUGGUUCUCCCCCAACGGCGAGAAGCUGACGCCCAACCAGCAGCGCAUCUCGGUGGUGCGGAACGAUGACUUCUCCUCCACCCUCACCAUUUACAGCGCCAACAUCGACGACGCCGGCAUCUACAAGUGUGUUGUCACCAAUGAGGAGGAGGGCGACUCUGAGGCCACCGUCAAUGUGAAAAUCUUCCAGAAGCUGAUGUUCAGGAAUGCUCCCACCCCUCAGGAGUUCCAGGAGGGGGAAGAUGCGGUGAUCGUGUGUGAUGUGCUCAGCUCGCUGCCUCCCACCAUUAUGUGGAAGCAUAAGGACAGGGACGUUGUCCUGAAAAAAGAUGUCCGAUUUAUAGUCUUGCCCAACAACUUCCUGCAAAUCCGGGGAAUCAAGAAAACGGAUGAGGGGACUUACCGCUGUGAGGGCAGAAUCCUGGCUCGUGGGGAGGUCAAUUUCAAGGAUAUUCAGGUCAUCGUGAAUGUGCCUCCUUCUGUCCGUGCCAGGCAGAACACCAUGAAUGCUACGGCCAAUCUCAGCCAGUCUGUCACCUUAGUGUGCGAUGCUGAUGGCUUUCCUGAGCCAGCCAUGAGCUGGAUGAAGGACGGGGACUUGAUAGAACGGGGGGAUGAUGACGAGAAAUACGAUUUCAACUACGAUGGCUCUGAGCUGACCAUCAAGAAGGUAGAGAAGAGCGACGAGGCGGAGUACACCUGCAUGGCUGAGAACAAGGCCGGAGAGCAGGAUGCCAUCAUCCACCUCAAAGUCUUUGCAAAACCCAAAAUCACUUACGUGGAGAACAAAACUGCCAUGGAACUGGAGGACCAGAUCACACUGACCUGCGAGGCUUCCGGGGACCCAAUCCCCUCCAUCACCUGGAGAACCUCCACCCGGAACAUCAGCAAUGAAGAGAAGGCUUCGUGGACUCGGCCCGAGAAGCAAGAGACCCUGGAUGGGCGCAUAGUGGUGCGCAGCCACGCCCGAGUGUCCUCCCUGACACUCAAGGACAUUCAGUAUACGGACGCUGGAGAAUAUGUGUGCACGGCCAGCAACACCAUCGGGCAAGACUCCCAGGCCAUGUACCUUGAAGUGCAAUAUGCCCCCAAGCUGCAGGGCCCUGUGGCAGUCUACACCUGGGAGGGGAAUCAAGUGAACAUCACAUGCGAGGUGUUUGCUUAUCCCAGUGCUGUCAUCUCCUGGUUCCGGGAUGGACAGCUGCUACCAAGCUCCAACUACAGUAACAUCAAGAUCUACAACACCCCAUCAGCCAGUUACCUGGAGGUGACGCCGGAUUCCGAGAAUGACUUUGGGAACUAUAACUGCACCGCAGUGAAUCGCAUCGGCCAGGAGUCCUCUGAAUUCAUCCUUGUGCAAGCGGAUACUCCGUCCUCUCCUUCCAUUGACAGAGUGGAGCCUUACUCCAGCACUGCCCAGGUGGAGUUCGAUGAGCCCGAGGCCACCGGUGGGGUGCCCAUCCUCAAGUACAAGGCGGAAUGGAGAGCACUGGGCGAGGAGGAUUGGCAUUCCAGGUGGUAUGAUGCCAAAGAAGCAAACAUGGAGGGCAUGAUUACCAUCAUGGGCCUGAAGCCAGAGACGACCUAUGCCAUCAGACUGUCAGCCAUCAACGGCAAGGGCCUGGGAGAGAUCAGUGCAGUGUCUCAGUUCAAGACCCAGCCAGUUCCAACUACUGUUGCCCCGCCCGCCCAUUUCCCAGACACAACCCUGCCUCCUACCAGAUCCGAAAGCACAGAGCAGAUGAAAGGGGAACCCAGCGCACCCAAACUGGAGGGCCAGAUUGGAGAAGACGGGAACUCCAUUAAAGUGAACCUUAUCAAGCAGGAUGAUGGAGGCUCCCCGAUCAGACACUAUCUGAUCAAAUACAAAGCUAAGCUUUCCUCAGACUGGAAACCAGAGAUCAGACUCCCCUCUGGCAGCGACCACGUCAUUCUUAAGUCCCUAGAGUGGAAUGCAGAGUAUGAGGUCUACGUGAUAGCUGAGAACCAGCAAGGGAAAUCCAAGCCUGCACACUAUGCUUUCAGGACUUCAGCUCAGCCUACUGUAAUCCCAGCCAGCAGCAGCCCCACGUCAGGCCUAGGGACUGCUGCCAUCGUGGGCAUCCUCAUCGUCAUCUUUGUGCUGCUCCUGGUGGCCGUGGAUAUCACUUGCUACUUCCUGAACAAGUGCGGCCUGCUGAUGUGCAUCGCGGUCAACCUGUGCGGCAAGUCCGGGCCCGGGGCCAAGGGCAAAGACAUGGAGGAGGGCAAAGCUGCCUUCUCAAAAGACGAGUCGAAGGAGCCCAUCGUGGAGGUACGGACUGAGGAGGAGCGGACCCCAAACCACGACGGGGGCAAACACACAGAGCCCAAUGAGACCACGCCGCUGACGGAGCCUGAGCACCCAGCUGACACUACAGCUACGGUGGAGGACAUGCUGCCUUCUGUAACCACGGGCACCACUAAUUCUGACACUAUCACCGAAACCUUUGCCACUGCUCAGAACAGCCCGACCAGCGAGACCACCACCCUGACUUCCAGUAUUGCCCUGCCAGCCACAGCUAUCCCUGACUCAAACUCCAUGCCGCCCAGCCAGGCCACUCCGGCCAAAGGGGCAGCCACCUCGGCUUCCUCGCCACUGUCCUCCUCGGCCCCCAAAGUCGCCCCGCUGGUUGACCUCAGCGACACCCCAACUUCUACUCCGGCCACUAGUAAUUUGUCUUCGAGUGUCCUGGCCAAUCAAGGGGCGGUACUCAGCCCCAGCACGGCCACCAGCAUGGCUGAGGCCUCAAAGGCGCCAGCUGGUAGCAAGCCGUCCGCCCCAGCCCCCGCAAACCCCGCUAGCCCUCCAGCUUCUUCAGAGCCCAAGCAGGAGGUGACAAGCACCAAAAGCCCAGAAAAGGAAGCUGUACAGCCCAGCAUGGUGAAGAGUCCAACAGAAACGGCCAAGAACCCAACUAACCUGAAGAGCGAGGCUGCCUCAGGCAGCACCACAAACCCCUCCCAGAACGAGGACUUUAAAAUGGACGAAGGGACCUUCAAGACCCCAGACAUUGACCUUGCAAAGGAUGUUUUUGCAGCGCUUGGCACUACUGCUCCGGCCAGUGUGGCUAGUGGGCAAGCUCGCGAGCUUGCUGCUUCCACUGUAGACAGCUCUGUACCGCUGGCACCGGCAAAGACCGAGAAAACCCCUGUAGAAGAAAAAUCUGAGGUGCAAGCAACGGAACCGAAGACACCUCCAGCAGAAGUCAAGACGGUCCCCAACGAAGCCACACAAACAAAUGAAAACGAGAGCAAAGCAUGAUCAGCAACAGAAGAGAAAAAAAAUGACAGAACAACUUCACCUGAGCAUUUAAAACACAACACACAUCUCAUUCCUCUAGUGUCUUUUGCCUUUAAAAGAAAAACAGACAAAGUGAAAAAAUGCAUAAAUGAGGAUCUCUUUUUUUUUUUUUCUUUGUAGGUUUGUAGGAAGGUUCUAUUUGUUGUGCACUUGCUUUUAAGGAAAAAUAAAAUAAGUUUUUUAAAAAAAGGUUGAUCCCGCAACCAGAUCAGGGCUCAAUGAGCCCUGCAUGUAUUCAAACAAACAAGGUCACAAACAUCAGUUGCAAAAUGGUUAGGAAGCUCAUUGGGGUGGGUGGGAAAUUAACCCUGACUUUUCUUCGGUUAGCCUAGCAGAAUAAACAGCUGUGCCAUCAGGUACAGCCAGUACUGAAUGAACAAAGUCCACAAUUUAUUUUUAUACUUUUCAGUCGAGUUUGAAAUAUGUAAAGCCUCGUAAAUAAGUUAACGUUUCUGUUCACUUUAUAUUUGUUCAGUAGGCAAAGUAUCUCUCGCCCUUUGUGACUGAAUCCAAUCUCCAGCUUAGACAGUUAUUUGGGGGGGUAUUAUUAUUAUUGUUAUUAUUUUUAGGAAGAAUGCCAAAAUUGCAGCUUCGGGGAUAUAUUUCAAUUUGCAGUAUUCAGACUUCUACAUUUUUUUAAAAAUUUUAUUUUAAAUCUUUUUGCCAACUUUUGUUUUUUCCAGUGUUUACAAUCGACAAAUGUUUUUUUUUUUUACUUUUGUUGUGUUUAAAUGUACGUGUAAAAUAGCUGCCUUUUUUUAAGUAAAUACAGUCUAUAGAUAUUAGAUUUACUAGCAUGCUUGCUUUGCAAAGGGAGACAUUUUAAAAUAUGGAUGUUUACAAUAGUUGUUUCCCCUUUAUCUUUUUUAAUUAUUAUUAUUAUUAUAAUUAUUAUUUCUUACUGGAGUAAGAAGAUAAGUAACACCAUUCGUUUUACUUUUGGUGGGUGGACAACUUGUCACCAACCAAGGUCUGUGUCUAGCAAUGCAUUUAAGUGCAUUAACGUUAAGCAUGGGCCUAGUUAAUGGAAAUACUGGUAUGCUUAAAGUUAAGCAUGCACUUAAGUCCUUUGCUUGGCCAGGGACCAGCUGCAUAAGAGAAAUAUGUUCUCUGCUUUUCUUAGACAUUCUCCCCUGUUCCUUCCAGGAAUCCUCCCUUAGCUCUGAGAAGCAAAAGGGAGUUUGUACAGUCAGGGCUGGUCUAGUCUCGGUGAAUAGAUGUUUGAAUAAACCAGUUCCCCAUUUUUAGAAAAAAAAAAAAGAUAAAUAAAUAUUAUUUUCUUUUACCCUAGGAUUUAAAAGGAAAGAGCUUGUGCACUUCAGGAAACUAGUAUCUUCUUUUGGGGAGUGGAAACACUAAAAAGUCCUUUCAUUCACUGGGGUGAAAUUCACCAACACAAGGUGUAUGCACCACAUUUAUGGUCUGAUCCUGUAAAGAUUUAACUGCGUGAUUUGAUGCUCACUGAGUAGUCCACUCAUGCUUUACCGGAUCAGGGCCUCAAAGACCUUAUCCAAAGCCUCCUGACAUUAAUGGACAGACUAACAUUGACUUCAUUGGCCUUUGGAUCAUAGCUGUAGUGCUCAAAAUGAGGCUGAUGUGGUGCAUAAGCUUUGCACAGGGGUGAACUUUGCUCUUACAGCAGCAUCAGUGACAACUGCUAUUUGGAAUCGUAAAAAAACUUCAAAUUUUGGGUGAGAAAAAGAGCGAAUGAGCGGUGGGGCAGAGGAGGCAGAGAGGGUGGUUGGGGGAAGACCAGCCUUUGUAUAGAAAUUUUCCCCCUUUUUUUGAUUUUUAUUUUGUUUUUAAUUUUUUGUUUUGUUUUCCAUUCUACUUUAGAUCUGCAAGCUUGUGCACUGUGGGCGCGUGAGUAUUUUAGUGUGAAACGUGGUUUUUGUCAUAGUAUUGAAAUAAUGAAAAUAAAAAAAAAAACUUCAACAUAGUUUGGAUGUGGAAGGUGUAGCGGAUAGUUCAGAUAAAAAAAAUUAUUCAGGAAAAUAAAUAAAGAGAAUAAGUCUUAUAAGGAACAGAAGCCUUUAAACGAGAAACAAACCAAGCUGAGUAUAGCAUACAUUCCUUUGUGCUAUGGUAAUGAACAAAUGAAAGAAGAUUUUGGGUGGGGAGACUGCAGUUUGGCUCAGCUACAUUGAACCGCUCUCUUCAGUGUACUCUUAUAAUGACGCAGUCUUUAACAGUGGCAUCGCUAGAUUAUAAUUUCAAACUGUGAAAAAUAAUGGUCUUGUCAUUUGCUAAAUGUGGGGGUUUUUUUGCAUUUUUUUUCUCAGCUCCUGGGGAUGGAAAUGGAGGCUAUCCGUGUGUGUGUAUCUCUGUACACAUGCACACUCACACAACGCCCAUCCUUAACAUGCCACUAGGAUGGAUGGAUGUUUGAUUAAACAUCCUGGACCAAAUCUGACCCUUGCUUAUCCCCAUCGGAGCAGCAUGGGUGUAACUGGGGGGAAGAUUUGGCCCAUGGUCCCUAAGAAAACAUUUUUUUAAGAGAUGGAUUGAUCAAAUGUGGCAUGAAAGGCCACCGUGGCUUCUAGAGAGGAAGAGUCCACAUAGCCAUGGGGGAAUUGAUGAGUUGGAAGAGAGAGUGUGUACCUCAGUUCAUAAUGAUUACCAAGAGAAUCUGUUAAUCAUUCGUGUGAAGUUGUUGAUGGCUUUGACUUGCUUUGCCAACUAUAUUCUAUACCUCAUAAGUUAUUACCCCUUGAGAGCUGAGCAGCUGUUAUGAGGCAAAUACUGCACAAUCCUAAUGAUUAGAUACAAAUCCAUUGACACUGGUCAAGGUCUGUUUGAUAAGUACUUGGACUUGUGAUAUGGAUACCUAAAUUGGCAUUUGUCUCGAAUAGGAAACCAAUUCAGAGCCGGAUCCAAAGCCCAUCCAAGUCAAUAAGAAAGACUCCCGUUGACUUCCGUGGGCUUUGAAUUGAGACUCAUGAAGUGGACAUCAUUUCUAGAUAUCAGCAAAUGCUGUGUUUACCGGACUAGUUGUCAAAUCCAUUCUGCCCUUUUUCAAAACUGACCUGAGAUUUCUCAACCAUCAGUACUUGCGUAUCAACUCUUAAAAGCAUUUUUAUACUUCUCCAUAACCAGAGAAUGUCAUUUUAAUUUAGAAAUAUUCCACUUUUCUGAACUAAAAUAGUUUAGUUUUCAUUAUUUUUUUAAAUCUUUGAAGAGGGACCAACCUGACACCGUUUACAUUGUAUAUAUUUAUAUAUGUGUUGUUGCCAUACAUAUAUAUUUAUAUAGCCACCGAGACUGAUCAGCUUCUGGUAGUGGAGUGAUUGCAUUUCAUGUUGCACCAUACAUACAAUACCAAGACAACAGCACAUCCAAUUGUUCAGCUUUUAGACUGGAGUUUUAUUUUCACACUUUUAUAUGGAGCCUUCGGACCCCAGGUUUUCGCAAUAGGCUGUUUUGAUAGUGGUUCUCAGACCCUCCAUUGACAUCCCUACCCAGCAUUCCCUACUUUUGGGGGCCUUCUAUCUUGUUAUAAAAAAAAACAAAAAACUUUUUACCAA